CAAUUUGUCACAGUCGAAAAGAUCAUGCUCAAGCUAAGCUUAGUGGCCUGGCUUAUUUUUUCACUGGCAUGGCGAACCACGCCCACUGCCUGUCGCCUGACCAACUCCCCCCAAAGCAUCCAGAAAAUGAUGGCAGAACAACUGCAGAGCUACAUGGACCCAAAGACGCGUCCCUGCGAGAAUUUCUAUCAGUAUGCCUGCGGCAACUGGCAGAUCCAGCAGCAGGAGCAGCACUCUCUGCGCGAAAGCGAAUGGGUCAAGAACAGAGCUUCGUACCAAGGGCAGCUGCUGCCGAGCGACACCUUAGAACUGAUCGACCACUCCGUGAACCGGAAACUGGAACUCGUGCUGAGGCGCAAAAACGAGAGUUCCUCCGAUUUGGAGUCCACGAUUUUGGAGCAGAUGCGCCUCUACUACCGUUCUUGCAAACGCCUUAGGCCGUAUAACUUAAAAAAGUAUCUGCAGAUAAUGCCGCCAAGUAACUGCACCCAAUGGCCUUCUGUGGGUCGAGGAUGGCGUCCAGAAAAGUUCGAUUGGAUAACGACUUUGGGACGACUGCGUUUGCACGGACUAAACGGGGUGCUGCUGAGGGAGGAUGUCUUGCCGCGAUGGGACGACUCGCGCAUCUACUGCAUCUACGUAAACAAACCGAGUCGCCAGGAAACGCUGCCCAUGGGUGAGGGCGCCAUCAUCGAGCUGCUCCUGGACAUCGGGCAAACAAAACGCACGGCAAACGCCUUGGCCCGCCUGGUACACGAUUUUGAAAGAAAAGUGCACCGCCUGCAGGAGCUGGAAGACGACGAGCUCGGGCCUCGAGAAAUGCAACUGGGCUAUCUAGACACGUAUCUGCCUCAGCUCCGAUGGUUGUCUUUUAUGCGCCAAGUGCGGAUCGAUUCCGAGUUGGAUCUGCUCUCCACACUAAUUAUCGAGAACAUUCCUUACCUGAGGGCCCUUACCGACCUGUUGGCUGCCGAAGAUCCGGACACAGUGUGCAGCUAUAUUAUGCUUAAGUGGUUGGCCUUUCUCAAGCAACAGGGUCCCGCAGAUAUCUCGCGGAGUGAGUGCGUGGCCAGCCUCAGAAGGGCUAUGCCUCUGGCCAGUAGUUGGAUAGUUGGUCAGCAGUUUUCCGAUCCUGACUCCGAGUCCAACGUGCGCUCUCUGUUUCAGCGCCUUAAGGCGCGCUUUGGUCAAAUCCUGGCUGAAAACCGUCUCAGACUAUCGCCUCCCCUUUUGCACAUCCUGCUGCAGAAGCUGCGCGCAGCGCAUCUGCAGAUAGGCUUUUUCCAGCCGGAGGUAGCGGACAACUUGGGGCAAUACCUGCUCCAUGUUGACCUGAAUGGCCAUUCCUUCUACGAAAAUCAGCUAGUUCUACUACGCCAACGAGUAGAGGCGAAUCACAAUCUGCUCUUCAUGAACUCCACAAACUCCACGGACAGCAACGUCAGCUACUUGGCGGAAAGCUGGGAGGCCAGUAACUCGUCGCCCCUGUAUGUUAGGCCCCGCAACCUGGUACUGGUGCCCCACGGUCUGCUCCAGUUGCCCGUGUGGCAUACAAACAUCAGCGCCCUGCAGAAGCAUGCCGUAUUGGGAUUCGCGUUGUCUCAUGAACUGGCCCAUGGCUUUGACAUGUCGGGAAUGGACUAUGAUGCCCUGGGAAACAUAAUGGGUCCAGUGGAGGAAAUCGGGGCGAGCAAGCAUUUCCGAAAGGGUCUCGACUGCCUGCAGCAACAUAUGGCCACCGGUUCAAACUGGACUGACGAGAAACUAGCCGAUUUCGUGGCUUUCCAAAUUUCGUAUGAGACCUUCUUUGAUGUGGGCGCUGACAAAGACCUCCGCGAUCCGCUAAUGCCUCAAUUUACCCAGCGGCAAAUAUUCUUUUUAAGCUUCGCCCAGUUCUUCUGUAGUCGAACACCUGUACUCGGCCAUCGGUCAAAGUCGGAGGCUCAUUUGAAGCACGCCGCCACUGAAUUGCGUGUGAUGCAGACGCUGGCCAACUUUGAGGAAUUUUCUAUUGAAUUUGGCUGCGAUAAAAAGGCCAAGAUGAAGGCCAGUCAGCGAUGCCGCUUGUGGUAAUGGUCCUUCUUGGUCUUUCUUGCAAUAUCAAAUAAUUAAUAUAUUAAAUCUCACAUUACCGAGUAUAUCACGAUAAGCCACAAUAGAGUUGAAGUAUUAAAAAAUUUAAGGUAAACGUAAUUAAGCAAAUACGGUAAAGACAGUGAUUAUUUUUCGUUAAAAAUGUAGUCAUAGCAUAGCGAUGUAAGUAUAGCAAUUGCUUUCCAUGCCAUAGUUACCCAGCUUUUAUCUAAAUAUUAAAGUCCCGCUGUGCGCAUUUCGGUAA